AUGCAUUAUAUGGGAAAUUCACAAAAAGUUCGUCUGCUUUGUUACUCCGUUAUGAAGUUAUUUUUUAUCAGAAUUUUUUCAAGCAAGUUGCAGAUGUUAAAGCCCGACUCCAUAUACAACCUACAAUGCCCCUAUGACGUCAUGGCCCUUCUGAAACAAGAGCAACGCUUCAAAGUUCUCGAGAAUUUAAAGAAGGAGUUGCUUGACCAUCGGGUUCUUAUGGAGAGCCAGGAGGAAAAAGACGAUGAAUUCGAGAAAGAUUUCUACGCCCUGGACGAGAACUGCAUUCUGGCCGGCAAGCCUCUCAUACAUUUCAACCUGUAUGACAGCACUUGGAUCUCGCUCGACAAUAAUAUAGAGAAAAACUACGCAACACUAAGCCAGGCUAUGCUAGAGUUGGCGAACAUUAGGCGUCGCGGAACAUUUCUAGCAAAUAGUCCUGAGCAACACCGAUCAAUCAAGAAAACCAGCGACAACAACAACAAUAAUAACAAGAAUCAUAAUAAUAAUAAUAACAAUAAUAAUAAUGAUAAUAACAACGGCGACGAGGGUUACAAAUCAGGAGCGGAAGUAGUGCCGGAUUGUUCGCAGUACUACCAUCUGGAUUAUAGUAUAAACAGUUUUGAGCAUUUGCACAGUAUGAAGCAGCGGGAUAACCUAACGAUACCGAAGGAAUCGAACCUGAGCGAGUUGUAUCCAUCAUUUCAGGACAUGAACCAACUUGCUACCUACCUCGACCAACAGCUCAGAAUUGACCCAGCAUCAUGGCUACACUACUCAAUGGCUUCGUACUACUGGCGCAUGAGGGGUAACGCUUCCCAAGCUGUCGAGUGUCUCAGGAGGGCUCUGCACCUAGCCCCGAGACAAUUUCGCGACAUUCCACUAUUGAGUCUGGCGAACGUACUGCACCAGUCGCACUGGCCGAGAGAUGCCGCUGUGGUCCUCCACGCUGCCCUCGACGCCAACAACUACUGCGGGGCUUGCCACUUCACCCUCGGGAACGUCUAUGCCGUUCUAGUUGAAUUCAACAAAUCUCUAACCUGCUACGAAAAUGCCUUUCGGAUCAACGAAUCAAACAAGGAGGCCAUAGCUAGAAAGAACGCCAUUCUAUGUCAUUCUAAACUCGAACUGCUUUUGGAGAAUAAACAUAGAUCUCUACAGAAAACUCUCGAAGACCUGAAACGCUACCAGGAGAAGCACGAAGUUUGGCAGCAGCAUCACAGGAAGCUGAUCACCGAGCAAGCCUUCAUGGACGAGAGAAUCAAGCAGAGACUCUUCUACGAUAUCCUCUCGCAGCAGCAACAGCAUCAGCAGCGUCACUCAACCAGCAAUGAAGCUGCUGCUACUGCUGCUACUGCUGCUACUGGAAACAGCAGAGAUACCCAAACGUCAACAUCAACUUCAACCGGUGAUAUGAAAACAGCUGCCAACAACAACAACUUGGAUGAUGAUAAAUCAGGUUUUGCGAAACAGCAGCAACACUUCAAAAUAACGCCGAACAACAACAACAACAACAAAAAUAUUCACGACUACACUGAUCUUCUGCAACAUAGGCUGCAUGAAAUCAACAAUGAACAUAACACUAUCUAUAAGGGGCUAGAAAUCGGUCAGGCCCACCCCUUCCCCUGGUACCCACCGGUCUGCUCGUCAUCGUCGUCGUCACCGUCUGCCGAUUUUCCGGAAGGUUCCAAGACGUACGAUCACCUGUCGGCUGUUCGUGACCGGGCUCAACUGAGAGUGAAGCUGGAAGAUUCAGCCAUGAAGGAGAACAUCGGCCCAUCAUGGCUCCUCUACAACAUGGCGGGCUUAUUUUGGCGUGUGAUGGGAAAUCCUCUGAACAGUAUCGAGUGCAUUCGGUAUGCACUGCAUCAGGCUCCAAACAAUUUUAGAGAUGUGUCCAUUGUCAAUCUGGCCAAUGUCCUCUAUCGCAUAGGCCGUGUCAAGGACGCGGUCAAGGUCAUGAAAGACGCCCUCGCUAUCAAUAAAUACGAGCCUAACUCGCUAUUCUUCAUGGGCAACUUACUGGCCGCGCUGGGCAACGUCAGUGGAGCCAUCAACUACUACACCGAAUGUUUGACCCUUGACCCCACCUACCAAAACGCCCUCAAAAAUCUCAGGGUCAUGAUGUGCUAUCAGAAGUUUCAUCAAAACAGGCAGACGAGUCUAGACAGAGAUGAUGAUAAUGAUUCUGGCGCCAAAAACUAUAAAUAUGCCGGUGGUAGUAGUAGUAGUAGUAGCGAUGGUAGUGAUGAUAGCCACCUUAGUAGCAGCAGUAGUAGCGGCGGCGGUAGUAGUGGCUAUAGAGGUAACGAUAUUCGAAAGUUUUGGCAGAACGUUAAAGACCAGAGAAAGGUUCACAAGUGGAAUCUGGUUGAAAUGUGUUCUCAGGGCUCUCCAAUGAAGAAACCAAUAAGAUUAAUGAAUCAUCACCACCACCACCAUCAUUAUCAUCAACAUCUGCAUCAACAACAUCAUCAUAAUCAUCAUGACUCUUGCAAAGUUUGUGGGGGUGGUGGGGGAAGCCCAGGGAGUGGUGGAGGGGGGGGCCCGACGUUCGAGCAGAGGAUUUGCCAGGGUCUGAAACCGCAUCACUACUUUGAGGAAGUUGAUGAGGAUGAGAUUGCCAGGAAAAUGAUGGGUUCUUGUGAUUUUGAUCCGUUCGUGCCACACAGACAUACGCCAAACAGUAGAAGUGCUGAUGGUAAUGAUUAAGAAACUUGUCCAGGGGUGUUGAAUUUGAUUCCAUCUAUUUAAAAUCUGAAUUUAAAGAAGGAAGAAAUACACACACAAACAAACACACAUACACAAACACACACGCUGCUUUAUAUAUAUACAUAUAUUUUGAUAUCUUUUGUCAUUCACAUUUCAUUUUCCAUUAUCUGUGACUGUCUUCGCAUUGAUGAAAUAAUUUUCAUUAUACGACGGCAAAUAUUAAUUAAAUAAAUAACUAAUUAAUUAGUGUUAUUGGUGAUGCUAACUGACACUAACCGAUAGAAAGGAUAUUUUAUUGAAACGAUAAAUAGUUUUUAUUAAAGAAUGUUAAAUUUUUAUUUUCAUUAUUUUUUCAAAAUUAUUAUUGUGUCACAUCAAACAGUGUCUUAUGAUAAAUAAAUAUAUAUACAUAUACAUGGAUAAACACACACAUACACACACACGCACAAAUGAAUAACUAACCAUAAGCACGUGAACUGCUAAAACAUAUUACUACUAUUUUUUUUACCUUUAAUUCCUUGUUAGCGCUUAUUUAAGUUAAGCUCGGAAUUUUAUUUUGACGCACGCACACACAUACGCACACGCACGCGCACAUUCACACACACACACUCAUAUAUAGUUUUUGAGUUUUAUGCGUAAAAAAGUUUUUUAAAGUAAACGAUUUUUUCCUCUGUAUAUUAGAUGAAUGGUGAUAUUUUAUGAUUUUCUAAGCCUACCCAAUUAAUUAAUUAAUUAAUAUUAAUUUAUUUUGUUAUUGAUUCAUUUGUCUUUUUAAUUUUUUUGGUUAAUUUUUUUAAGAAAAAAAAAUAAGAGCCUGUCUUGUAUUUUU